CCAAAAUUCUUCUCGAUACGAUGUCUGAGAGAAGAGAGUCACAAGGACAUCGACCAUAAACUGUUCAACAACUUCGCAAAUUGCUUCAUUGCGUCGUCUUCUUCUACUACUACUACUACACUACUAUCAACGAUAACAACAACGAUAAAACAAACAAGCAAGACCAUGGACUGGCUAUUGAGUGAACCCUUGUUGGACGCCGCCUUGGCUCAGAUUUCUACUUUGGAGCAAUUUGCGUCGUUGGAAUCGAAUUUCAAAGUGGCCGAAGAGUCUGGUAAGGACAUUCCCGAUUCGGUUCGGGUGAAACUGGGUGACAAGAAGCAAAAGCUCUGGGUCCAGUUGGUGCAAAACGAGACGCAAUCGUAUAUGGACAAGAGUGGUUUGGGUGCCCUUGUCACGGCCAAGCAGAAAUGGGAUGACGUCCAUUUCAUGGCAGAAGCGCAUGGCGUGGGAUCGUCGAUUCCCAUGGUCUCCUAUACGGGACUCUCCCAAAAGGAACUCGAAGAUGGAAUGAACCUGUUUUAUGCCUACUUGGCGUCCAAUAAACUCAGCUUGACCAAUCCAGAAUUGCAAAAGCAGGUGGCUCAUGCCAUUGCCGAGGCGUACAAGGAAGUACACGAGACAGCGACGGGAGAAUUUGGAGGAUACGAUCCGUUCCAAUCCAUGGUAGAUCACACUCCGGAAAAAGUUAGGCAGAUUGUGGAAGGAGUCUGA